GCUGGCGGAAGCCCCGUGCGCUCUCUCCCUCCUAGUCGUUCUCCACUUCCGCCUCCGUGUCCCUUGCUUCGAGUCUCUGCCGGCGGCGGCGCAAGGGCGAUGGAGCUGCUUUGGCUGGCUGAAGCGUCCGUGGCUCUGGCGGUCUCGGGGCUGUUCCUGAUUGCUGUCAUUGCCCACAUAACUGCAACAAAGGUUCCAAACCUUAAUCGACACGAGGAUGAAAAAUACUUUUUGAAUGCUGAAAAUGAGAAGGAACAUGUGCCCAGCAUCCAUGAUCCCCCAACACGAGACCUUUCCGUAGUUGUGCCUUCAUAUAAUGAGGAAGAACGGUUACCAUCAAUGCUGAAUGAAGCUUUGGACUACCUAGAGAAGAGACAGAGGCAAGAUCCUGCAUUCACAUAUGAGGUCAUAGUAGUUGAUGAUGGCAGCAGAGAUCAAACCACAAAGGUUGCGCUGAAGUAUACCCAAAAAUAUGGCAGUGACAAAGUGAGAGUCCUCCCUUUGGUGAAGAAUCGUGGAAAGGGGGGAGCGGUUAGAAUGGGUGUGUUCAGUUCACGAGGGGAAAAAAUACUCAUGGCCGAUGCUGACGGAGCUACAAAAUUUGAAGAUGUUGAAAAAGUAGAAAAGGGUCUUGAGAGCCUGCAGCCCUGGCCUGACCAGAUGGCUAUUGCCUGUGGCUCUAGAGCUCACUUGGAGCAAGAUUCCAUAGCACAGCGGUCUUACUUCCGUACACUUCUCAUGUAUGGAUUCCACUUUCUAGUAUGGUUCCUCUGUGUUAAGGAAAUCAAAGACACCCAGUGUGGUUUUAAACUAUUAACCCGAGAGGCAGCUUCCCGGACUUUUUCAUUUCUUCAUAUAGAGCGCUGGGCAUUUGAUGUGGAACUCCUGUAUAUAGCUCAGUGCUUUAAAAUACCAAUAGCAGAGGUCGCUGUCAACUGGACAGAAAUUGAAGGUUCUAAGUUGGUUCCAGUCUGGAGUUGGUUGCAGAUGGGCAGGGACCUUCUUUUUAUACGACUGCGAUAUCUGACCGGUGCCUGGCAGCUUCGAACAAGAAAAAAUAAUUAGGUUAUUUAUACUUAACAAAUGGGAUGUUUGAUACAAAAACUACAGAGAAUUAUUUCUACAGUAUGAAAUAAGGAAAAAGAUGGGACUAUUCUUCCUUACUGUUGUUCUGUGCUGCGCCUAUUUCAAAAAAAAUGGCCAAGAAUGUGGAUGUCCUAUAUAAUAAGCCUUCUCAAGUGUUGGGUGUUCUUUUUUUAAGUUUUGCAACUGGGAGUCAAUCUUUUUACUUUUGUAUCAGCAUUUUCCAUUUUCACAAAUUAUUAUUUCACAAAAUGUACAGCAGAAAUUAAUCCAUGCUAAAAAAAAUCCCAUGGACUACUUUUUUUAUUAUAAAGUCUGCCAUUGCAGUUAGCCAAAGCAUUGUUCUUUGUAUAUUAAUGUACACGAUGUCGGUUUCAAUGGGGAAGCCCUUGUGUGUGAGAUGUCUUCAGUACUGUACCUGCAGCAAACCACUUAAUUUGGGCAUCUGUUUUUGUACUUGAACUGGUCACUGGCAUUUUAGAACAGCACCAUCCAUUUCUAGAAUUGCCAAGGAUGAUGUAGACGUUUUUACAUUAAUUGGAGUUGUGCACAAAUUUCAUUUGCUCAUUGAAUUCAGCAGCAUGUAUUCUUCUCAGUGUACAUUUGUGAGCUAGAACGGAUUUCCAAUAAGCCCAAGGAGUUCAGAAGACAAGGAAAUGUUUGUGUGACAGGCAUCAGUUUUCUACAAUAAUUUUUAUGUUAAAAUUCCACCAAAUUGUCAAGGCAUUCUCUCUAAAUUAUGGAACAUUAAAGAUAAAAUGGUGCUGUCAACGUGUCUGAGGAUCACUGUGGUCUCUACUACCACCGUCACAGGUCUGACAGCUUAUGAGGGCUUGCAAGGAGCAAACCAGAAUACACAGAUACAUUUGAACAAAUAGAACGUUUUAUUUUAAGCCUAAUUCCCCCUGCCCAGCGUCAUAUUUCUAUACCGGUAUUUCUGUCAUGGAAAAGCAAAAGGUUAACUGACAUUCCCAAUCAAUAUUUUCAUUUCUCAUGUUAGUACAGUGGUACCUUGCUUUAAGAACAGUCCUGUUUACGAACGAUUCGGUUUACGAACACCACAAAACCAGAAGUAGUGUCCCAGUUUGCGAACUUUACUUUGGUCUAAGAACGGAAUCCAAAUGGUGGAAGGGCACCAGCGGUGGGAGGCCUCAUUAGGGAAAGCGCACCUUGGUUUAAGAACGGUUUCGGUUUAAGAACGGACUUCCAGAACGGAUUAAGUUUGUAAACCAAGGUACCAUUGUAUUUUAGUCUCUUAAAAACUGGCUGCUGGAUUAACGGUGAAUCACUAUGCAGUCCUAGCCAUUUAUUUUUUAAAGUAAAGGACCCCUGACAGUUAAGUCCAGUGGCAAAUGACUCUAGGGUUGUGGCGCUCCUCUCGCUUUACUGGCCAAGGGAGCCGACGUUUGUCCACAGUUUUUCCAGAUCAUGUGGCCAGCAUGACUAAGCCGCUUAUGGCGAAACCAGAGCAGUGCAUGGAAACGCCGUUUACCUUCCCGGCGGAGCGCUACCUAUUUACAGUCUUGGACUUUGACGUGCUUUCGAACUGCUAGGUUGGCAGGAGCUGGGACCGAGCAACGGGAGCUCACCCCGUCGUGGGGAUUCGAACUGCCGACCUUCCGAUCGGCAAGCCCAAGGCUCAUUGGUUUACACCACAGCGCGACCCGCAUAUUUACUGAUAAGUAAAUCCCAUUAAUCCUGUCAACCUAGCAGUUCGAAAGCACGUCAAAGUGCAAGUAGAUAAAUACAGCAGGAAGGUAAACGGUGUUUCCGUGCGCUGCUCUGGUUCGCCAGAAGUGGCUUUGUCAUGCUGGCCACAUGACCUUGAAGCUAUACGCCGGCUCCCUCGGCCAAUAAUGUGAGAUGAGCGCCGCAACCCCAGAGUCGGUCACGACUGGACCUAAUGGUCAAGGGUCCCUUUACCUAAAUCCCAUUAAAUUCCUUGGACUUUACUCCCAUAGGACUGUUGUCUUGGUUCUUGAUGUGUGUUUGGAGUUAUAGCAUUAUAGAAAUGUAUAAGGGAGGCCGGAAAUUGAGGAAUAUAACAACAGCUUAAUACUGGAGCUCCCUCGACCUUUCCAACACCCUCCGGAUGUAUCUGUGCCUCUAAACACCCACUUGAGUGAUCUAUUAGAGAGUGCAUUGUAAGCUUCAAAAUUGAUCUUCCCUGAUAUUUCCCACCGCUUGCCACGUUGCAAACGGACAAAAACACAGUCUGCAAUCUUUCAAAAAAUGGUGGCCCAUAGCAUGGCAGAAGUCCUCAAAAGGGCCCUGCUCCAUCUAAGCCCUCUGGCGCUGACCAAACAGACCCCAUGGCUGCCCAAACCACAACGCUCCACAAAUGCCUACCUAAGAAGUGAGAUUAAGGGUUCUGGACCCUAAGCGAUACUGAAAAAACCCACUGAGGCACUAGACCUUGACAUGGCACAAGAAGAAAAAAUAAAUUCAAAAGCAUAAUUAGUACCCCAAAAGAGCCAGCCCUUAGGAUUGCCGACCAGGAGAACCUUGAGUGUUGC